AUGCCACCACGCGCUCAAGCCGCGACCCGGGCAGGCGCAGACGAGAGCGAAGACGACCUCCUCGCGACUACAGCCAUUCAACCUUUGAAUCCCGGCGCAGAGAGCAAGCGCAACACCACCAAGAUGUCUAAAACAAGCGCCAUUACUCGUCGCGUGAGCGCGGGUAAGACUACAACGAAGCGCAAAGCUGCGCCCAAGACAACGCGUACUGCAUUAAAGGACCGCACCAACUUGCAGCAAGAAGGGAACGAGACGGAAGAGGUGGACGAGUUUGAAGACGACGAGAUGGCAGAGGCCGCCAAACCAAAGGCAAAGCGCACAAAGACCGCGACCGCCACGCGCAAGAAGGCCGCCAAGUCGGAGAAGGCGAGCGAGCCUGCGAAGCCCAAGCGAGGCAGACCUGCAAAGCGAGCGCCCUCGCCUGAGCAUAUGAUGACUAUUCCCGAGACACAGCCCGAUGCAGAGACAAUGGAGGACGUGGAGCAGUCUAUUGAAGUGGACCCGGACAACAUGGACAUCGAGAAGGUGCCCACGCCGAAGCAGAAGCAGAUCUUCUACCAACGCGCUCCAUCUGCGCCCGUACAGCUACUUCAGUCCAGACCCAGCUCCCGAGUUGAGUCUUUGCAGCCGCGAGCAAGUGCCCGCGCAGGCUCUGCACAGCCCGGAUAUGGACGGACACGCGAGCGCAGCGGGAGCGUCAGCGGAAAUGAACGACGUGGCGGAGAUCCAGAGCUGAGAAGGCAACUUAACGACUUGACGAAGAAGUACGAAGACCUACAGCUGAAGCACGAAAGCCUGCAAGAAAUCGGGAAGAAUCAGGCCGAAUCAAACUUCGAGAAACUCAAACGCGCCAGCGAUCAAAAGGCCGAGGAUGCAAAUGAACUCAUCACAUCUCUUAAGAAAGAGCUCGCAGAACUCCGCAAGACGUCGUCCAGCUCCAACUCCGAGACUCCUGGAUUGCAGAAACAGAUCUUCACUCUCACCACUUCGAACGAGAAGCUGACGGCAGAGCGAGACGAAUUGAAAAGCAAACUCCAAGUCUCCCAAAACGAAAUCAAAGCCAUGGAUGCGAAACUCAUCGCAGCAAGACAGCAGAUCUCCAACGGCGUACAGGAGGCCAAAUCAACCGAAGCAGCCGGCAAGAAGCUCCGCAACGAAACUGCCGUGCCCGGAAAUAUCGGCGACGCGCAGAAAGAGGCCAAGAUGAAAGAGAACCUCUACGCCGAUCUUACCGGUCUGCUCAUUCGCAGCGUGAAGCGAAAGGAAGGCGAAGACGAGUACGAUUGCAUUCAGACCGGCCGCAAUGGCAGUGAGUAUCGGCCGCUCAAAUCCUAUAAUGGACUUAUGCUAACCUGUGGACAGCUCUCCACUUCCAUCUCUCCAUCGCAAACGACACUUCUACUCCCCAUCCAAAGACCCCCAGCGGGCUCUCAUACGAAGACGCGGAGUUUGCAUACGAACCCUUGUUGGACGAGAGCCGGGAUCGCGAACUGUUAGAUCUCCUACCGGACUACCUGACGGAAGAGAUCUGCUUCCCUCGUAACCAUGCGCAGAGAUUCUACAGCAAGGUGGUUGACAGCAUGACAAAGAAGAUUGUCGUGGAAGACGAUUGA